GAUACUGAUGCUUCUCGCAUUGCAAACCGCGCAUGCUCUGUUGCCUGACCUGUUCUUUUUCCCCUCCGUCGCUAUCUACCCGUGAAUCGUGAUCAAUGAUCGUUCCGCGUGGCUUCCGGGCUCUAAUCACCGGCGACAAGUCGAGAGCGCCUGCACCGUCGCACCAAAACUAAUGCGCAUAUAUAGCACCCCCACCCCACUAGGCCGUUCAUUGUCUGUAGCAGUCCACAAGCGCGCGCAGAUUCCAGCACGCGCGCGCCAGCAAGCUCCACCACCACCAGUCCACCGCCACCAUGGACGCGACGGCUAGCAGAGCCGGCGGCGGCGACCUGAACGGCAAAGAAAAUGAGGAGGACAAGAAGGGCGCAGCGCCGGCCAAGAAGGUGUCGCUGCUCGGCAUGUUCAGGUACGCCGACCGCCUGGACCUGCUGCUCAUAGCGGUGGGCACGGUGGGGGCCCUGACCAACGGCGUGGCGGACCCCCUCAUGACCGUCCUCUUCGGCAACGCCAUCGACUCCUUCGGCGACAGCACCUCGCAGGACAUCGUCCGCAGCGUGAGAAAGGUCGUUAUGAAUUUCGUAUACUUGGGCAUCGGAACGGCUGUUGUCUCAUUUCUUCAGGUGUCGUGUUGGACGACGGCAGGAGAACGGCAGUCGGCUCGUAUCCGUUCUUUGUACCUUAACGCGGUCUUGAGGCAAGACAUUGCCUACUUCGACACAGAGUUGACAACAGGCCAAGCGGUUUCCAGGAUGUCCAGCGAUACCCUCGUGAUUCAGGAUGCUCUUGGCGAGAAGGCGGGAAAGCUUAUACAGCUCUCGUCGACCUUUUUCAGUGGUUUUAUAAUAGCGUUCACAAGAGGCUGGCUCCUCACCCUCGUCAUGCUAACAUCGCUACCGCUAAUCGCAGUCGCCGGCAUAGUUUCUUCUCACUUCCUAACAAACAUUUCUAGCAAGAAGCUGGCAUCUUACGGAGAUGCUGGGGACACCGUUGAACAGACCAUCGGAGCUAUAAGAACGGUAGUUUCCUUUAACGGAGAGAACAAGGCCAUUGCAGCGUACAAGAGCUUGAUAAAGAAGGCCUACAGGACUGACGUUUUGGAAGGCCUGAUCAACGGUUUCGGCAUGGGAUCUGUCUUCUGCAUCCUGUUCUCUAGCUAUGGCCUAGCGUUCUGGUACGGCGGGAAGCUAGUCGUUGACAAAGGAUACACUGGUGGGAAGAUCAUCACGGUUCUGUUCGCUGUGUUGACUGGUGCAAUGUCUUUAGGCGGCGCAACGCCCUCCGUGUCUUCAAUCGCUCAGGGUCAAUCUGCGGCGUACAGACUGUUCGAAACGAUUGGGAGGAAGCCGGAGAUAGAUUCGGGUGACACCAGCGGUGUGGUUUUAGAAGACAUCAAGGGUGACGUUGAGCUGAAAGACGUUCGCUUUCGCUACCCUGCGAGGCCGGAGCAGCUGAUACUAGACGGGUUGACGUUGCGAGUAGGCAGUGGGACAACAAUGGCCAUGGUCGGAGAGAGUGGGAGUGGCAAGUCGACCGUCAUCAGCCUUGUUGAGCGGUUCUACGAUCCACAUGGUGGUGAGGUUCUGAUAGAUGGCGUCAACAUCAAGAACCUAAGGCUUAGUUGGAUCAGAGAGAAGAUCAGCCUGGUCAGUCAGGAACCACUGCUCUUCAUGACCUCCAUUAAAGACAACAUAAUGUAUGGUAAGGGAGACGCGACAGUAGAAGAGGUCAGGAGGGCAGCCGAGCUUGCAAACGCAGCGAACUUCAUCGACAAGUUGCCGGAUGGCUAUGAUACUAUGGUUGGGCAGCGUGGCACGCAGCUCUCUGGAGGACAGAAGCAAAGGAUCGCGAUUGCAAGAGCCAUCCUUAAAGACCCCAAGAUACUCCUGCUCGACGAAGCGACGAGCGCGUUGGACGUGGAGUCUGAGCGGGUAGUUCAGGAGGCGCUGAACAGGAUAAUGGUGGAAAGGACCACGCUUGUCGUUGCCCAUCGCCUGAGCACCGUAAGGAACGUUGACUGCAUCACAGUACUCCGUCAAGGGAAAAUAGUUGAACAAGGCCCUCACGACGUAUUGGUGAAGGAUCCCAACGGGGCAUACUCUCAGCUCAUCAGGCUACAAGAAACGCGUGCUGACGAAAGGCGCAAGACAGCAGACUCUGGGUCUGGGGUCCCAGAUCACUCCAGAUCAAAGAGCACCAGCCUGUCGCAGUCGCUCGCCAGGCGGUCACUACUGAACAAAGACUCCUUCGGUAGCAGCAGCAGCAACAGAUACUCCUUCAAGAACCCCCUAGGAUUAGCGGUCGAUUUACACGAGGACAGGAGUACCAUAGGCGGGGAGAAAACGGAGGAGCUCUCCGACGUUGUGGUGGUACCAAAGAAAGCACCCAUCGGACGGCUCUUGAAGCUCAGCGUGCCAGAAGCGCCGGUCCUUCUGCUAGGCUCCGUGGCAGCGUCGGUGCAUGGCGUCGUCUUCCCGCUGUUUGGUUUGCUCAUGUCGGGCAUCAUAAAAUCGUUUUUCGAGCCGCCGGAUAAGCUGCGAGAGGACAGCAGCUUCUGGGCGCUGAUAGCCGUCGCUCUGGGCGUCACGUGCUUGGUCGUGGUCCCAGCGCAGUACUUCCUGUUCGCGGUCGCCGGGGGCAAGCUGAUCGAGCGCAUCCGUGCCCUGUCGUUCCAGAGCAUCGUGCGCCAGGAGAUCUCUUGGUUCGACAACGCCUCCAAUUCCAGUGGAGCGCUUGGUACGAGGCUCUCGGUCGACGCGCUAAACGUCCGGCGCCUAGCAGGAGACAACCUGGCCCUUAUAAUGCAGUCCAUAGCUACACUGGUAACUGGGUUUGCCAUAGCUUUCGCGGCAGACUGGAGACUUGCCCUGAUCAUCACGUGCGUGAUUCCUCUGGUGGGUGCGCAGGGUUACGCCCAGGUGAAGUUCUUGAAGGGAUUCAGCGAAGAUGCUAAGGAGAUGUACGAGGAUGCAAGCCAAGUGGCGACUGAUGCUGUCGGCAGUAUCAGAACCGUGGCGUCGUUCUGCGCAGAGAAAAGAGUGGUCGCAGCGUACAGCGACAAGUGUGAGGCUCUGAGGAAGCAGGGCAUCCGAAGCGGAGUCGUCGGAGGGCUUGGUUACGGCUUCUCGUUCUUGAUGUUGUUCUUCACGUAUGGCCUUUGCUUCUACGUCGGUGCGCAGUUUGUGCGCCAGGGGAAAACUACCUUUCCAGAUGUUUUCAAGGUUUUCUUCGCGUUAGUUCUGGCAGCUAUUGGAGUCUCGCAAGCGAGUGCGCUGGCUUCUGAUGCGACCAAAGCAAGGGACUCUGCUAUUUCCAUCUUCAGCGUUCUGGACAGGGAGUCCAAAAUUGACUCGAGCAGCGGCGACGGGAUGACGCUGGAGGUUGUCAGUGGCAACAUCGAUUUCAGCAACGUCAGCUUCAAGUACCCACUGCGUCCUGACGUCCAGAUAUUCAGCGACUUCACCUUGCGCAUUCCAUCUGGAAAGACAGUGGCGCUUGUCGGAGAGAGUGGCAGCGGCAAGUCGACGAUAAUCGCUUUGCUGGAGCGUUUCUACGACCCAGAUUCCGGUAGAAUAUCCCUGGACGGCGUUGAGAUCAAGAGCCUAAGAGUGAGCUGGCUAAGGGACCAGAUGGGGCUGGUAGGGCAGGAGCCGGUGCUGUUCAACGACACGAUCCGCGCCAACAUAACGUACGGGAAGCACGGCGGCGCCACAGAGGAAGAGGUGGUGGCGGUAGCCAAGGCGGCCAACGCGCACGAGUUCAUAUCGGGCCUGCCCCAAGGGUACGACACCAUGGUGGGCGAGAAAGGGAUCCAGCUGUCCGGCGGGCAGAAACAGCGGGUGGCGAUCGCCAGGGCCAUAGUGAAGGACCCGAGGAUACUGCUCCUCGACGAGGCGACCAGCGCCCUCGACGCCGAGUCGGAGCGCGUCGUCCAGGACGCGCUGGACCGCGUCAUGGUCAGCCGGACCACCCUCGUGGUGGCGCACCGCCUCUCCACGAUCAAGGGGGCCGACGUGAUUGCUGUGCUCAGGGAAGGCAAGAUUGUGGAGAGAGGAAGGCAUGAAGCCCUCAUGCGCAUCAGCGGCGGAGCCUAUGCUUCCCUUGUUGAGCUCCGCUCCAAGACUGAAUAGCACUGGUGUAUCUUUAUAGAGUACAGUUUGUGCAUUUAUUUAUACAAGUAUACUGUUUUUCCGCAACCCAAUUGUUCGUAACUUUUACAAGUUGAAAUGAAAAUUACGCGGUAGGUGAAGGGACCGUAUUCAAAUGCGUCACGAAUAAACCAUAAAAAUAUAAAAUCGAUUUUAUA